UUCAAUCCCUCAGCACAGACCUUUCUCAGUCUCUCACGCGCGCGCUAUGGCCGAGGAGCAGCAGGAUCGCCCUUGUUACCCGCAAGCGCUGGGGCCCGCGCGCGCACACGGCCCGACCCUGCAGAAGCGGCAGGCGCGCGUGACGGUGAAGUACAACCGCACGGAGCUGCAGAAGCGCCUGAACGCCGAGAAUUGGAUCGAGCGCGCGCUGGAGGAGCUGUACGCCGGCACGGAGGAUGAAAUGCCAGAAGAGAUUGACAUUGAUGACUUACUCGUUCUGCAGAGUGACGAAGAAAGAAUGCAGAAACUCCAGGAGCUGCUGCAGACCUGCAGGAAUAACACACAGCCAUUCAUCAGUGAGCUCCUCCAGAUGUUGCAUGGCCUUCACAAACAGGAAGAUCUCCAGAAAGAGGGUCUCGGCCAUCCCAGUCUCCAUGGCUACCCCCAUCACCAUGGCAAUGUGCACAACCACAGAGGCCAACAACAGCACCAUCAGCAGCGAACCCAUCAGACUCUCUAGCCAUAUCCCAUAAUGCACUGCAGCAGCUGGCUAUGCCAACCGCCCUAACCCCCCCGCCCCCCACCGGACACGUCCCUCAUCCACGGACUGAUCAUGACAUCAUCACUAACCUAAUGUUUCCACACUGAGCGAUUUCCUAUCAUCACACUCUUAACAUGUCAAGGGUUAUUCUAGAAGUUUUCCUAACCACACCGAACCAUUACACCUCUGACACAGUAUUAAUAUCGUCCUGUAUGAAGCAGACAGUGAUGUACUGUAUGAUUAUAACUGCUAAAAGUCUAAUUUACAAAAAGUUUCUCUUACCUGAAAUGUAGCCAGCCAGCCACGAGGGGGCAGCAUCACCUAGUCACGAGCUACACAAAAUACAGCACAGACAAAGCACCAACAUUACACAUAAAAUAGUGUUAAAGGUGUAGUUCGGCUACGACACAGUUUUCCCUUUACACUAAAUGUUGUGGAUCAGUCAAGACUUUAAUGGUGCUUACACCAACCACGUCCUGCAUUUAGAGUAAAGGAAAUAUGGUGUAGAUUUUUGGGCAUCAGUUCCAUCCAGGACGAGUGGAAUAAUAGUGAAAAUGGAUUCAUAUCCCUGCUGGAAAAACAUCAACAAAACAAUAGAAUUUGUAAUGGUUAUAAUGGGAGUUGUAUUGGAUUUAAUGGAAACUGUAAUUUGUUACCUUCUGUUGGUGGCAUGUUAUGUCUAGUGGAUACCAUUAUGGACCAGUAAUGGUUAUAAUGGUUGGCUGAUGGUUUGUAACAAUAUCUGUAGUGGAAACCAUUACAAUUUCUGUGAUGUUUCUUUUGUUGCUGUUGUUUUUUUUAGCAGGGAUGGACCGUGUGGUGUUUUGUUGUUGUUUUUGUUUUUUAAUUAAAUGCCUUUUCAAACUGACCUUUUAUAAAUCACCUGUAAAUAGCUCAAUUUACUCACAAGACUAUAUCAGUGUUCCACUGUGUUACAGUUCUUGUGUGACUAAGAGCCAUUCUAAUAACGCUAAUAAAUCAAUGUGACUCAAUAAACGUGUUAAGUCUGCUUACGAAUGUUAACAAAAUAAUGUGUGUGAAUAAAGUGAAGUUAUGUGAAACUGUU